AUGGAUGCAAUAUGUUCGGGAUUUCCCAUGCCACUUUUUCUUCUUUCAAACAACAACCCUAAUAAAUGCUGUCAAAUAUGCGGCGUGGACAUGGCUAUUGCCCGCAUCCGGACAGCUGAUGAGCCACAAAGUGCGGCGUGGAAUAUAGAUGGGGCUAACUACAUAGGAUGGACUAACAGGGUUUGGGAGGGUGAGGCAAAGGACGACGAAUGCAGAGACUGUACCACAGUAGAUCGUACACCAGCUGAUCCCCAGAUAUUGCUGUGGGAGUCACUGCCCUGCUGGCCAGAAGAUGAUGAUCCGAACGACCCAAACUGGCUCCCUGGCGAAGAUUCACAAACUGACAGCGAGCCUCUCGAAUAUGACUCGGGAUGCGAGGAGUCAGAUGAGGCUGCGAAUGAGAGCGACUGCGACAGAGUUGACCAUGACUCAGUCAACGAGGAACAUGAUGGUGUGGAGGACUUGUGUCCCAUGUCGGAGCUUUGCGAUCAACCACGACCCGAACGUCUCCCGAACGGGACCUGGUACAACAACAAGAUAUAUUACACUGGCAAUCGUCGAGCUCCGAUCCUCGGGGACUUCCCUGGUAAAAACGCGCACAUGGUUCCACCCGAGCACAUCGCCUCCCCUUCGUGCCAGAACCUUCAGGGCAUUAACGGACAAAGACUCAGUGUGGAGCAGAUGAAGAAUUGUCGCAAUGUGCGUUUCUUGAUACCGAAACUUCAAAAUUGGAAGCUUGGAGAUGAUGAAAGACUCAUGGAAGAAGAUAGUCUUUUCUGUCUUUCGGGCGAGUCGAAUGGUUCCAAUGUCAUAGAGGACAGAUACUUCGUUCCUUGGAAAUCAUUUUAUCCGCCACGACACGGUUUGCGAGAAUUGAGUUGUAGCUGGCAAAUGAUAAACGAAGGUGCUGAUGUAGGUACUUUCCAAGACAUACCAGGACCCGAUCUAACACAGGGACAGGGAUCAGAUGCUUUAUAUCCGCUCCCAGUCCAUUCCUACUGUCUCGACAUAUACGCCAAGGCAUCAUACCGUAGAAUAGGCAGGGUUGAUCUGGAUGGCCUUUGGCAUUGGCGAGAGAUAGAAACUCAACUUCACUCGGACCAGAAGCCUUUCCCAAACCGUCCAGUGAUAUUGAAGGCUCGCCAACAUUGGGAGCUUCCAUGGCAUCAUUAUACUGGAGACGAAUGGCCUACCGCGAACCCGGUCGAGAUUCCAGGCAUGAGCAAGAUUUUAACGUCUUGCCUGGACGUGACACUUUGUCAAAGAGCCACCCAACGUGAGGCUUCAAUUAUCGGCCUCCUUCCAAAGGAAUUAUUAGAUCAGAUAUUCGACUUGCUCAGUCCUACAGAUGUCGACUCUGUAGCACAUACUUGUCAUAAGAUGUAUCAACUCACUCAGUCAAGGUUUAGAGAGAUUGUGCGCAAUGACAUGGCCUGGCUAUGGGAAAUACUAGAGGAAAGCCAGUAUCCAGCGUCACCAGAACGACCCGUCGCCUGGGAUCCUCUUUGGCCAUUGGGCAUCCCGCCGCCUACCUUACCUGUUGGCCUCGAGAAGGAAGAAGCGGAGGAGGAGUUAUGGGCAGAUAUCAUUGCUGAAUAUCCAGAGAUGGAAGAAGUUGCCAACGCAGUGAAAUUGACCAAUGUAAAGCGCAGGGAAGAGAUAUUGGCGCCCUACCAGGAAAAGUUGGGGUCUCUGUCGAAAACGUGGCAGGACUUCCGUGCAAGUGUGGAAACGUGGAUCUGUGUGCGGAACCGAGCAAGAAUUUGGGAAGACUGUCAGCAGAUUAUGGACCAUGUGGAAUUAGCACGCGAGAGUGGCCAGAUUGACAAGAUGUAUCCGGACCUGUUGGCCAAGUUGGCAGAUUCGUCUCACCCGGGUUGGAGCAUGGAUCCAGACGUCGAUGGAUGGUAG